AGGGUUAAAAGGGUCAUGUUAAAAUGGAUUGUGACUGUUUUUGGCAGUUAGAUGCGCCAAUCUAAACGUUAUAAGUGGACCUCAGUGAAAAAAUGAACUCUACACUUAUGAAUCCUCACUUGGUGUGAGAUUAUCACGGGCCCAGAGCAGCUCAAUAGUGACCUCCUCUGGUGGGUUUUCUGUAUUGCCGGAACGCGUUACGCUAACUGCGUGUCCUUCGUAAAAUACGCAAAUACACUAGCUAGCAGGCCCGCUGUCUUAGCUGUUAGCGCUCAAACACAGAGAAGAUGAACGCGCCGCCGGCCUUCGAGUCGUUUUUGUUGUUCGAGGGGGAGAAAAAGAUUACAAUAACCAAGGACACUAAGGUGCCAAAUGCCUGUUUGUUUACGUUAAACAAAGAAGACCACACGCUGGGGAACAUCAUCAGAUCACAGCUGCUGAAGGACCCUCAGGUGCUGUUUGCAGGGUACAAGGUGCCCCAUCCACUGGAGCACAAGGUUGUUAUUCGUGUGCAGACGACACCAGAUUACAGUCCUCAGGAAGCCUUUACAAAUGCCAUUACUGAUCUCAUCAGUGAGCUGUCACUGCUGGAGGAGAGGUUCAAGGUUGCCAUCAAAGACAGACAGGAAGGCAUCGAGUAAAGGCUGUAUCAAAAUGUGGAUGUCCAGUGAUAGCACCAACCUUAAAAUGAGCUUAUGACAGCUUCACAAGCUUGUUUGGACUGAAUCAGUUAUGAGUUGCAUAGUCCCUCCUGUAUAAGUUUACUUCUGCCGCAUUUCAGCAGCAUUCAUUCUCUUCAUCUUGCCCCACAUUUAAGUUUGAGACUGCUGAAACUGUCUCUGUGAAUUGCUGUAAGGUUUGAAUUUCGCUGUGUUAACAGCAUUUUGAUUAGGAAAUCUUUUGUACAGUAAUGUUACACAUUCAUUGCCAUAUUUCUUGUAAUUUUAUAAUAGCAACAGUAAAAUGUUCCUUUGUAACUUUGUGUUUGUCUUGAAUUAAGUAAUAAACGUUUUAUAUCUGAA